AUGCUUUCAGCCCCCUGGGUGUGCUCACGAUGCAUUCUGCGGUCUGCUCGAAUUUUAUGGAAUCAAAGGUCAUUUUACCAGCAGAGAGGUGUACAAACCGAUGGUGGCCUCUCUCCUGCUUUAUUAGUACGAGCCCGCUCUUUAGCGACUGAACAUGCGACUCUUUUGGAUAGACUGGCGACGUCGUUCGAUCCUAAGACUGCAAGGCGCGUUGGCGAACUAGGCCCGGUUGCAAAAGCAGUGGCCGAAUGGAACAAUGCUAAUAAGUCCAUAUCGGAGCUUAAGUCCAUGCUACAGGACCCAGAUGCUGAAGCGGAAUUAAGGUCUCUCGCUGUCGAGGAGUUAGAAACCACGGAGGCUACACUGACUACGGUAUCGGACGAUCUGAAGCGCGCUCUUGUUCCCCGUCAUCCUUUCGCAGACCUCCCGUGUUUGUUGGAGAUCCGACCAGGUGCAGGCGGGGAUGAAGCUAGUAUAUUCGCUUUCGAGUUACUAAAGAUGUAUACUGCAUUUUGUGUUCGCCGGGGUUUACGAUCUGCUGUGAUAAAGCGAGAACUUGGAGACGGCCGAGAAGACUGUCUGAGCGAGGCUGUAUUGGAAAUUGACGCGGGUGGGGCAUAUGAUCUGUUGAGAACCGAGUCAGGCGUACAUCGAGUUCAGAGAGUCCCAGCUACAGAGGCUAAGGGCCGCACGCAUACAAGCGCUGUUAGUGUGAUGGUUCUCCCUAGCUUCCCGGACACAGGAAUAGGGGAAGACAGCGCGCUUAAUCUCGAUGACCCCAACAGUGAUUACUAUAUAGAUCCACAGGAAGUCCGAACAGAGAAAAUGAGAGCCAGCGGCGCUGGUGGUCAGCAUGUGAAUAAGACCGAAUCAGCCAUCCGCCUCACUCACGUACCCACUGGCACCGUGGUCUCGAUGCAAGAUUCCCGGUCCCAGCAUGCAAAUCGCAAAAAGGCGUGGCAAAUACUACGAGCAAAGUUGGCUGAAGCUCGACAAGAGGCGCGAGAGCAGGAAUUAGUCGAGUUACGAAGAGGUGUGAUGGGUGGUGUAGCACGGAUGGGCCGGGGGGAUAAAGUUCGAACUUAUAAUUACGGCCAGAGCCGCUGCACAGAUCACCGAAGUGGUUUCACUGUCCAUAAUUUGGACGACGUGUUGGAGGGAGGCGAGACCCUGGAAACGGUAAUGGACAGCGUGCGGUCUUGGUUGAUUGACCGCGAAAUACUCGCAAUCACGUCUGGGGUAUAG